AUGUUCAAUUCGAUCACUUUGGUAGAUUUUAAGAACGAUAUUCCUCCUAGUGAUGAUGAUGAUGAUCUUUACAACAACAACACCUUAUUUUCAAAAUUUAAAGACAAGAUGAGAACUCGAAAGCGGCAUGGAUUUUCAAUGAACUUUAAUCAAGUUCAUAUCAUUCCGAAAAUAUUUGGACCUUCAUCCAUCCAUGAUCCAACGACCAAUAUUUCUGAUGAAGAUGAUGAUUCAGAUCAUGUGGACCAUUCAGAACACUCCUUCCGUGCACCGAGUGAUGUAAAAAUUUCCCACACUCAUCAAGUCAUUAUUGUUUCUGACUAUUCCAAUAUGAAGCUUUACUUUUUUCGAUAUACUGAUAAAACAUUUAUUGGAUCUGUGAAUGUGGAUCAUCCCAUGUACUUGUGUAUUGAAGAGAAAUACAAUGGUUGGAAUGAUGCUUUAAUUUUUGAUGCCAAUUCCAACUUGGGGACAGUAUUCAAGUUUGAUUUGUACAAGAUGCUUCAAACAAUUUUCAAUUCUGAAUUGUCUUUUUCGAGAAAUGAUUUUAUUUGGAAGAAUGGAGAUGCUAGAGAUGCUCGUGGAAUGGCCAUGAUGAGAGAUCUACAUGCAUCAACCAUUGGUGAUCAUCAAUUAUUAUUUGUGUCAGACUUUACAAGUAAUGACAUUUUCUUGAUCAAUUCCAAAACAGGAGUUACCAUACAGAAAUUUCAAGAUCUCAUGAUUGAAUGUCCCUAUGCAAUAGAUGUUUGCAGUGAAAAUCGAAUGGUCAUUAUUAGUGAAUAUACAUCUCCAAGCUCAAUAUACAUGAUGAAAUUGGAACAUACAUUCCAUCAGGGUGCCACUCAAUCAUCACCCAAUUACACCUUAAAGCUCAUUAAGAAGUUUGAUAAAAAAGGAGAUGAUGAAAUACAUGAUUCAUGUCAAGGUCUAGUUUUUGACAAUGUCACACAACACAUUUAUUGUACAGACACCGAAUGUAGAAUUCAAGUGUUUAAUUUACAAGGACAAUGCAUCAAAUCAUUGGAUACAAGAAUGGAUGAAACUUCGGACAAUCCAGAUGGUUUAUGCCUUGAUGAUAAAACAGGAGAAUUAUAUCUAUGUUCCUACUAUGCAGCCUGUAUUCGAAUAUAUAAAUAA